AGGAAGACGUGAAAACAAGUCCAAUAUGAAUACAAAUGGUCCAAAAACCGUCUGGCACACAGCUCUACUCGCCACGUUAUGUACUUUAGGUAAUGACUGUGAUGACUGAAUUAAUUUUAUUUAUUGAAUGUAAUUGUUUUGACUCACAUUAAAUGUUUCAAAGCCGAACCAGAAAUCAUUUUGAGACUAAGUAGGCGCGAUCUAAACAGUCAAAAGAGAUAAUCAUCCUCAUCACGAUCAUGCUGCUUGAGUUGUUUUUUCUCAUUUUGGCAUCAUGUUGCAUCGGGGAGUCAAAGAGAAGAAAUGUCCUUCUAAUAAUUGCUGAUGAUGCAGGUUUUGAGACGGAGGUGUACAACAACUCUGUGGUCCACACCCCCCACCUGCGCUCUCUGGCCCAGCGUAGCCUGGUGUUCAGCAACGCCUUCACCUCUGUCAGCAGCUGCUCCCCCAGUCGCUCCACCAUCCUCACCGGCCUGCCACAGCACCAGAACGGCAUGUACGGGCUUCAUCAGGGUGUUCACAACUUCAACUCGUUUGACGGAGUACAAAGUCUCCCGCUGCUCCUCAGCCAAGCCAACGUACACACAGGUAUAAUUGGGAAGAAGCAUGUCGGUCCUGGAUCUGUAUACCCUUUUGAUUUUGCCUACACGGAAGAGAACAACUCUGUCCUCCAGGUGGGGAGGAACAUUACCCGUAUCAAACUCCUGGUCCGAAAGUUUUUCCAGACCCAUAACGAAGAAUCCUUUGAACGAAGGCGAAAGAAAGACGAGAAUAAAGAAAAUGUGAAAGAUGAAGAGAAGCCGUUUUUCCUGUAUGUUGCCUUUCAUGACACCCACCGAUGUGGACACUCGCAGCCCCAGUAUGGAGCUUUCUGUGAGAAGUUUGGGAAUGGUGAAAUGGGGAUGGGUAGAAUACCUGACUGGACACCAGAAUAUUACACACCAGAACAAGUAAAGGUUCCUCCUUUUGUGCCAGACACACCUGUGGCACGAGCCGACUUGGCUGCACAGUACACCACGGUUAGCAGGCUGGACCAAGGUAUCGGUUUGGUUCUUCAGGAGCUCAGGGACGCUGGUUAUGAGAACGACACUCUGGUCAUCUACAGCUCCGAUAACGGCAUCCCCUUUCCGAACGGCAGAACCAACCUGUAUCGCUCGGGGACAGCAGAGCCCAUGCUGGUGUCCUCUCCAGAGCACAGGGAGCGAUGGGGAGACACCAGCCAGGCCUACGUCAGCCUGCUGGACAUCACUCCCACCAUUCUGGAAUGGUUCUCUGUUCCCUAUCCAUCCUACAGCCUCCCCGGCAGCCCCGCCAGCCUGGUUCACCUCACCGGUCGCUCCUUACUGCCUGCUCUGGUCACUGAGCCCGGCAGCUGGCACACCGUCUACGCCAGCCAGUCCCUUCACGAGGUAACCAUGUACUACCCAACCCGCUCCGUCCACCAGGGGGCGUACCACCUUCUCCACAACCUACACUACCGCAUGCCCUUCCCCAUCGACCAGGACCUGUACGUGUCACCCACCUUCCAGGACCUGCUGAACCGCACGAGGCUGAGUGAGCCCACGCACUGGUUCAAAAGCCUGGAGCAGUAUUACUACAGAGAGCGCUGGGAGCUGUUCGACUCCAGGACAGACCCACUGGAAACGAGGAACCUGGUAUCAGACCCAAACUACAGCACCGUGCUGGAGAGCCUGAGGCAGAGUCUGCAGAAGUGGCAGUGGGAGACGGGGGACCCCUGGGUCUGUGGACCUGACUACGUCCUGGAGGACAAACUAGAGCCACACUGCAGACCACUCUACAAUGGACUCUGAUGGACACUACUGGCGGGGGAGUUCAUGACGCAUGACCAGUGAGGUGGGCAAAUCAAUCGGGAAAAGGGUGUGUAUUGAUUACUCAGAGCUCCACUUUGAAAUAAGACUGAUACUCAAUCCUUCCAUGUGGAAAUCUGUUGGAAGGGAAUACAAUUUGGAUCAGUCGAUUAUUUGCUCAUGUUUAUUGAUCUGCUAUUUUUUAUUUUUAACUCUUAAAAUUCCAUUUUCACUCAUGUUGUUGUCUUCUGAAGCCAUGAGCAGUUAUUCUGCUUUGUUGUGCACCUUUUGAUGCAUGCAGUGAGUAAGCACAGACCCAAGUUAACAGCUUUUAUGCACUUUGUGUGCGAUUUCCAGACACAUUGGUCCGACAUCUUUUUCAACUGACUUUUCACUUGUGUCUGAAAUCGAGCGUGUGAACACCAAGAAAGCAGCAGGGCCAGAUGGUAUCAGUGGUUCUCACUCUGUGCUGACCAACUAGUGCUGGUGCUCGCAAUCAUAUUCAACCUGUCCCUGUCUGUUGUACCCAGGACACAUGCUUCGAAAAGUCCACCAUCAUUCCUGUAAAACAUUGAUUGAGUGAUUCUAGAAAUGAAGCAAUCUGACUUUUUUAAGUUUAUGAAAUGUAUUGAUGCUUUUAGACAUUCAGGAGAUUUUAACAAUUAGUUUGUCAAAUUACUGAGACAUAAAAAGUCCCUGCUCAUUAA